UAAAGCAAAAUACAUGGGCCAAUAGUGGGUCCCAUUUAUCCACGUCAGCACGCUCGCAUAGUAUCAUCAAAUUUUGAGUUUCAUCCUUUCCCGCUCAACCCUUGAACACGUGUAAAAGCCACAUACCCUUUAUAAAACUGCAUCAAACGCGUUUUCAUGCUUUUUUAUAAUCUCUCACAAAAACUAAAACGUUGGUUUCUCUAAUUUCUCUAAUCUCACAACCGAAAAAAUGGAAGAAGUUAUCGUCAAUGAACAAUCCUCGGUUGAUGUUUCUGGGAAUUCUGCUUCUGUGAAACCUACACUUCAAAGAUAUCCGUUGCGUUCGGCGAAUAAAUCAAAGGAACAGAAGCCAGAUGCAUCUGAUAGCAUCCAUCGUUCUCAAUCUAAGAGGGGGAGAACUACUCCCAAUGUAAGCAAAAGUGUAGGUGUCCUUGAAUUCUCUGGAAAGGGCAAAUCAUCAAGUGCAAAACCUCCAAGAAGGCUCUCGAUUCCUGUCAAAGCAUCUGCCACUCCGAGCCCAAAGGCGGUUGGCAACACAACUCCAAUCUCAGAGACAAGAUCAAGGAGGUCUGGUAGUGGCCAAGGGUCUCAAACCAGAAUCCCAACACCUGUUUCUGAGAUUUUUAGAUCAUCUGCUCGAAUGAAGUUUAGUCUCUUGUCUUCUGCUUCAUAUUGGUUAAACCAAAUCAAGCUAUCUGAAUCUGCUGCCAAGCAUAACAUUUCAUUUGGAUUCUUCAAACUAGCCUUGGAGGCAGGAUGUGAGCCAUUCCAGAAACUACAAGAUGAACUGAAGUCUUACUUGCGCCGACACCAGCCUGAGCUUACUGAACUUGGAGAACCAGUGAAAGAACUGCGAGAAAGCUAUAACAUUGCAGAAAUCAUUGAACAGUCUCAAGUUUCUGAAAGCAUUUCACAGAUGCCAGAAGAGGGAACUCGAUCUUCUGAUGAUGAAGAACACUACUCCUCUUCCACCACGGCUACUGGUAAACUUACCCCCAAGUGCUUAAACACUGACUCUCCUGAACUGAGUACGCCUCCUGCUCCGAUCGUAGAGUCAACCAAGAAAGACAUUAGCCAAAGUACGCCUCCUGCUCCAAUCGUAGAGUCAACCAAGAAAGACACUACCCAAAAGAAAAACCUUGGAUCAAAGUUGAGAGAAAAUCUCAGAAUGAACUCUGCAAAUUCAAAGCCUGCUACUGAUAGUGUGAACCGUAGGUCAGUUAAAAGGUCAGAGAAGCCAAGCAAGCCUGAAAUCAAUAAGAGUGGGAUCAAGAAACAUGGAAGGAAAGCUGGUGCCAAAGAAGUUCCUGUUAGUCCUACUACAAGUGCUGGAGAAAAAGAAAAUAUGGAUGUUCGGUCGACUGCUGAUGAUUUGAUUGAAGUCCUGUAAUAAUGCUUUUGGGCUUGGAGUUCAGUAUUUUGUCAUUCUCAAACUUUGCUUGGCUGUUUAUAAUGUUCUAUGUGUGUGUAGCUUGAUCUUUAGGAGUAUAGAUGAAAAUUUGAUUUCUUUUUGUGUGGUCCAUUAAUAUAGCUGUUAAGAUACCAAGCUGUAUUGGAUGUUAUGGUUUGUUUAUAAUAAUACUCUAUAGUUGAUUUUAUUUUAUUUGUGGAAACUACAUUUUAAGAUAUUA